UAAGAUUUAAUGAUGGCGUGGCGGCGGCGGGGGGCUGCUGCUCUCUGCGUCCUAAAACCACCUGUAGACCCGGACCAGAGGAGUCCUGGACCCCAGAACCACCUGUAGACCCGGACCAGAGAAGUCCUGGACCCCAGAACCACCUGUAGACCCGGACCAGAGGACUCUACCUGCGCUUUCAGGAGACUUUUGUGAAGGAUAUGUGUUCUCUGUCGGUAAAUCUCUGCUGAGAGCUUCUCUAAACCGUCCUGGCAGCGCUUUGUCAUGUCGUUACUGUGUGUCAGAGUGAAGAAAGCCAAGCUCCAUGGACCGCCAGAUAAGUUCAACACCUACGUGACGCUGAAGGUGCAGAAUGUUAAAAGUACGACCAUCACGGUGCGAGGGGACCAGCCCUGCUGGGAACAGGACUUCAUGUUUGAGAUCAACCGGCUGGACCUCGGCCUCAUCGUGGAGGUCUGGAACAAAGGUCUCAUCUGGGACACCAUGCUGGGGACGGCCUGGAUUCCCCUCAAGAGCAUCCCUCAGUCAUCAGAGGAGGGCUCAGGUGAGUGGAUCUUCCUGGAUGCAGAGGUCCUGAUGAAGGAAGACGAGAUCUGCGGCACCAAGAACCCGACGCCUCACCGGGUCCUGCUGGAUACUCGCUUUGAGCUGCCUUUCGAUAUCCCAGAUGAUGAGGCGCAGUACUGGACAGGAAAGCUGGAGCGCAUCAACACCAUGGGGAUGCUAGACGAGGAUGAUGCUCAGAGUCGCCCUCUUCCAUUCGUAGCCUCCCAGUGCUGCAACUAUUUCGGAUGGGCAGACCCCCUGACUCUGGACGACCAGGACAGCGCUGUGGAGGACCGGGAUAGCGACUACCGCAGUGAGACCAGCAACAGUUUGCCUCCACGAUAUCAUACAACCGCUCAGCCCAACUCAUCCCUGCACCAGUACCCCAUGGGGCCCCGGUCCCAGCAGCACCAGGAUGGCUUCAGGGACUUGGACCACAGCUUUGAGCUGGACUACAGGGACCAGAGAGGAACCAGAUCUUUAAAUCAGAAAGGAAGAGUCAGAAUUAUACCUGUCGAUUCUGGCAUGGGGGUCGAAGAUUGGGAAAACAAAUACAAACGGCCGAACAGGCCUCAGCUGAGCGACUUCUUAGACGAUGAGGAGGACAGCGUUAUCUUUCGUAUGGGAAGACCCUACCCUGAGCCAUCGCACCCACCUAUUCAUCAAGACACCAAACCCAGUGGCUUCCUGCCUCUCCCCUACCCUGAAGGCUACGACACCAUCGAUCGACGGAGGAAGAAAAAGAUCACGGACCCAGCAGCUUUUCUCAGCUCAGAGGCAGACAAGUACAGAGAAGAGACUUUUCCCUCCGACCUCGCCGUCCUCCGUGAGAAGAGAGGAGAGCUGUUUAUGCGGCAGGUAGCAGAAAUGCAGGAGGAGGAGGAAUGCAUGAUGUCCUGCCUCAGGCCCUACAGGAAUGGACUUCUCUACAAGACAAGGAUGUGGGCAAAAAAUGAGCUGGACAACACUUUGGAGAACUACGUGGCAUACAAAAAAGAGCAAGAUGCCAGAAUGAGGGCACGCUUUGAUUUGGAAUUCGACAGUUGCCAGGAUCCACACUAUCCCCAGGCAGCAGAGGAGAAUAUGGAUGGCAUGGGCUUUAUGGGUGAGGACGUUCACUCUGAAAACACAAGGCAUUACAAAGACCGGUAUUCCUUCUCUUAUGAGGGCCAUGGAGAAAGUUCUCAGGGCCUUCGAGAGAAAAAGUGUGGAAAAUCUAAAAGUGGAGCAUGGGUUUCAGAGGCAAUGCUCUCUCCAGUAGAAGAACCCAGUGAUGAAUAUGUAGAUCCGAUGGAUGAGCUUCAAUGCCUCGUUGAAACAGUUUCUGAAUACCUCGCUGAAAAAGAGGAGGAAAUUAGCAAGUACGGUUCCCUUCCUAAGUCCAGCAAGUCUAGACUAUCUUCUCAGGGCAGCAUUAGAACCAAUUCUUUUGGAGAGGAACAAAAUAGUUCAUCAAAGGAUCCUAGAGGAGAAUCCCAAUCACAUCCCCCUUCUGAUCAGGGUAUUUCAGGAGUCAAAAAUGCCAUGAGCUCACUGUUAAAUUCUUUCACUGACAAAGUUGGAGGCCCUAAACCACCUGCCCCAUCUCCCCAAGCACCAUCUACACAACCCUCACAAUCAGGACUCACAAAACUGUUCUCCUUUAUUCCAAAGUCAAACACCACAGCUCCAGUAGCUGUUGUAUCUCCUGUGGAAACUUCUCCUGAAAAAUCAUUCAGUUCUUUGCCUUCUCAGCCACCACAUGAUGCUAAAAUACAAAGUCGUUAUCGAGAAAUGAAAACUCCCUCAAGGAGUCAGACUCAAACCAGUACAAAAGAACACGGACCUGAGUUUGGAAGCAAACCUGAAAGUGCUCCAGGAAGCUCAGUUUUGGGAAAAUUGAAUCCUUUAAAGCUUUUUUCUGGAGACAGUGGGAGCCCAGCGGAAAACAAACCGGCAUCAGAGUCCACAUAUUCUCAAGAACAUACACAAUGGAAUGGCAAAUGUGCUCACCAAGAUAAACAGCCAAUGACAACAGAAGGAUUUAGAAAAUCAGAAAAAUUAAGAAGUUCAUCACAAGAGAAAUAUAUGGGACAGAAUCAGGCUGAAAAUUUCUAUGAGAGACAAAAGCCACCAAUUUAUAAACAAGAAAAUGUGCCUUUUGCAGCGCCAGAAAAGUCAACUGGACAAACACAAUCUGCCAACACUGGAUUCUUCAGCCCUUUUAGGAAGUCAUUAAGUUCAUUGAUCACUCCUUCUGUUCCUGUUCCACCUCAGGGACCUCCUCCUGUGGCAGUUUAUCCAGUAUUUAGAACCACAGAGGAGCCCCAACCUCAGAAACCAGCAGAAGACCCGUCACUGAGCAGUAAAAUUAAACUACCAUUGGCCUCCUCUGAAAAUGUCUCCGCUCAGCAGCGUCCCAAAGCAGAAGGAGGAAUGCUGUCUGGUUUUCUGAAGUUUGCUUGUAGUGAAGACGUUAGUGCCUCCACAGAAACGCAGAAUCCUCAGCAAGCAUCAUCGUCAGCCUCCACCACCUUCACUCAGAAUCCUGCCGUGCCCCAAGAAAACUCUGAGAAACGAUGGUUCUCCAGCAUCUUUACCCCUGCCUCUGGUCCGUCUGGUUCAAACCAGAAUAUAAUCAGUAAUCAGCAGUUGCAGGGCUCACAUGUCCAACAUCCAGCAAAUCAAAGACCAACAACAGCUUCUCAUGGAACGCAGCACCAAGCUCCCAAUCAGCCUGAAUCCCAGAGUUUUCUGACAGGUAUUUUCAAAGGGAGCUCAGCUAAUGACAUCUCUAAUCAGCCCAAACCAGGAGGACUGCUAUCUGGACUUCUUAAAUUUGGCUCUACCAGUGACCUGUCAGGCAGUUCUCCACAGCAGGCUCCUCAUAACAAUCAGCCACCCAGGAGCAAUAAUCAGUCACAGUUUCCUCAUCACUCUCCCCAACAACAAAGUUCUCCAGCUCCACAGGAAGGCCUUCUCUCAGGGAUAUUGAAAUUUUCAUCAACAGAAAACAUACAACAAAAUGUCCAACCUCCGGAGGCUGAAAGGCAGAGGACCAUCCCUGGAAAUUCUUCACGUCAGCAGCAGACUAAUAAUGAAACACAGCCUCAGCAAAAAGGGCUGCUGUCUGGUUUGCUUAAAUUUGGAUCCUCUGAGAGUACUUCAAGCAGUCAAGUCCACCCACAAAGCAGCGUUCAGUUUAAUCAACCAGGUUUUAACCACCAGAAUACCCAAGAUCCCAAUCGAGGCCCACAGCUCAGGGACAGAUCCUUGAGUCGGCAAGUAGUCCAGCAGGACAUGAGUAAACCAGGCUUUUCUCGACAACAAACAGUUCCACUUCGGCAGCCACCAUCUCAACAAGGCGGCCUUUUAUCUGGUCUUUUUAAAUUUUCCUCAGCAGACAGCAUAAACGCGCAAAAUCAACCACCAACAACUCAGUAUCAUGGAAUUACCCCAAGUAAAUCCAGCCAUGUUCAAACAACGCCAAAGAAUAUCCCAGUUUCCAGCCAAAACCAACCACAAAAUAGCUCAACACAGAAAUCAACUCAAGCUAGUGGUCUUUUCGGACUGUUCAAAUCCUCCUCAGAAAGUGUGGCUCACCAACAGCAGCCUGACAACAUCCAAGAGAUUCAACAGCAGAUCAAAGUGCUGUGUAGCCAGCCGGAUCAUCCACAGACGGAGACGUCAGGUCAAUCUGGGGUACUCUCUGGGUUGUUUAACAAAUUAACAAAACCGCCUGAAAACAUUGAAACCACCCCUCAAACAUCAGCAGGACAAUCACCACAGCAGGGGGCUGGUGUUUCUACAGUCCCAAUGAAAACCCCACUACAAAAACAAUCACAUGCUAAUAUAACACAACAAUCAUCACUAGAACAUGUGGAGAGAGAGAAGAGGACUCCACAGACUGCCCAGCAAGGGUUUCUGUCUGGAUUGUUUAGCAAAAAUGUAGCUGAGGAAUCUUGCAGUAAACAAGUAGACAUGCAGAGUCAAAUUCCAGAACAGCAGAUGCCCUCAUCUAAAGACUUCCAUCCAGACAUGUUGAAAAGUUCCACCUCAGACUUUGGAAGGGAAAGCCUGCAGAGAGUUGUGCCAGGACACAGCAGACAUGCUUUAAUCAGUGCUCCUGUUUCUAUUGAUACUGAGACUUUAGACCUACGAACAUCGGUUACUUUGGGAAGAUCUUUACAGAGUCAGGCAACAUAUUCCUCCAUUAGCACCGGGAACUUAUCUCAGUUAUACUACUCCGGUUCACUUCCAUCUGCUCACCCAAUGGCUUAUAGUACAGGAAAUAUUCACUCCCUUCUGCAAAGCCACUCAACGUCUUCAGUGGUGAACAUGCACCCAUAUAGUGGUGGAAGCACUCCUUCUCUCUAUGAAGCUACAGGUCAAAGCCUGUACAAAGGCCGGUCAUCUCCGUUUCAGAUAAGUCCCUCUUAUGAUGAAAACCAGUGGAUUCGUGAAAGUGCUCUAUGGCAGCAGUUCCAGAACGAGUCCCUGAAUUAUCAGCUCCAGGGAGAAGAUCAGAGAUAUGGACAGAGCUGUGAAGGGUCAUCAUUAUCACCUUCUGUUCUUCACUGCAGCUCCCCAAAUAUCAAUCAGCCAAUUAACACCACACCCUGGCAAGGUGUUUGCCACCAGGAGCAACUCGAACCAUAUCAGGUUGAAGAACACAGGAAUCCUGAUCCGUAUCCCAAGAGGAAAUUAUGGAACAGUUCUGAAGACUUGGGAAACGUAGCGUAUUCACCCAAUGAGGAAGGCGUGCUGAACUUGACUUCUAAACCAAGUAAUGCAAAGUUUGGAAAAUGGCAUUCUUUUAAUGAUGGUAGCACUUACAGCUUGAAUGGCGUUUCAUAUCAUGAAGGCUAUUAUGAGGAGACUGCACCAAGCUUAUCUUAUUCAGCUAACUGGCAGUAUGGAACAAAUACUGCAGAACAACAACAGUUUUAUACUGGAGGCAUGGUGCAUCAAAGUCAGUUUUAUUUGAACAGACCAGUAGAGUCAAACUAUCCUCCAAGUACUGAGAUGGAUGACUUCAUGUACCUGGAAGACACUGAAUGGUAUCAGCAGUGGCUCAUGCUUCUAGAGCAGGGAAUGUGGUGGCCAGCAGAAGAUGGUGACUGUGGCUAUUUUGUUUACACAGAUCAUGAGUACAUCUAUGCUUUGCUUACAGAUGCCACUGGUGAAUACGUUUAUGCCUGUGCCCCUGAAGGCGAAUCCUGGGGAGGUACGCAGAAAUUUGAUGGUUUGCCGAGUGCUUUGCUGCACAAUGAAAUGGUUUUAGUCUGUGGCUUUAAAAUUCCACUUUACAAUGAGGAUGAGCUUCUUUGGCUUCCUGGUCAAGAUCACAAUGAUUCUCAACUUCUUAAUGCCCCGCUCGAUUUGUCUGCUGCCUACAGAAAAGGAAAUCAGAUUAUGAAUUUAAAUCUUGAGCAGUUCUCUCAAAUGUUUGAAAACUCAUUUCUGUCACAAGGGCAACAAGAAAUGGAUUUCACAUCUUACAGAUUAAACAAAGUCAGGAUGGAUCCUAGACAGCCUAGUUACGCCUAUGACGAUAUCAUUGACCUUUCAUGUCGUAAGAAAGAUCACAUUGGUCCUUAUUGGAACAUCCAUGAAAUGAAGACGUUUCUUGCCCAGAAGGUUGCUGUUUCCUUGAAUUCUUUUCCUACUGCAAAUUCAAAUCAGCAGCUAAUUUCCAAUUGUUACCAACCUGCUCAACGGCGUCGUUCUUCUACCACCGUUACAGUAAAACAUGUAGAUGAUGUAUCAGAGGAUGAAUGGAGGAAAAGAGUGUCUCCAGGAGAAGAGCAACUUAAUCGUCAAGUGAAAAAGAUUUCUUCCCUCAUUUCCUCAUUUGUUGGCAAAACAUCACAAGUGGACUUAACCAAAACUAGCACAUCCUCCUCAGAGCAAGCCUCUCAGUCUAAGAACAUUCUUUCAUCCGGUUUCCAAAGUCUGAAAUCCAAGAUUAUCAAAGAAGAAUCUUCUGCUGUUGUGACCCAGCCAGAAAUUGUUAAGCAACAAAUCCAGAGGCCAGCCGCUGCACAGGGAAGAAUUUUGCCCACAAUACCAACAACAGCUCCAGUAACUCAAACCUCAACAGAAUCACAUACAGCUUUACAGAAACCUAGACUGUCACGUCAAAGUACCAUGGUCCAACAAGCUGCCCCACCAGCGCAGUCCAGUGUGCCCUACGUGUCCAAAGAAUCUGUUAGUAAACCUGCACCACCUGGACACCUCACAGCUAAACCAGUGGAUAUACCUGUGGAGAAACUACCUGAACAACCAGGCUUCAUGAACUUUCUAAAAUCUGCAGUAGGAUUGGAGGAAACCAAACCAGAUCCCCAGAAUACCUCUCAGACAUCUCCCAAUCAACAGAGUAAAACUGGCAGCACUGCUUCCUUGCCAGGCAGCACCACUGCUAAUAAAGAGGCUGCAGGAGUGUCAAAUCUCUUUGGAUCAAUCAGCAGCCUGUUCAGUGCCGAGCCCUCUCCACCACAAAAACAGCAAAUGAUAUCUAGUGUUACAGAGGGCUCGCUGACAUCAGCAUCUGGAUCUCGGAGCAUACAGAGACAAGAAACUAUGGACAAAAGUGGCACUCCUCAGUCUGCUCAGAGCCAACCCUCAAACAAAAGUACAAACCAAGUGCCUUCUACCAAUCUGUCCACAGCCCCUGUAGCUAACCAGUCAACAUCUAUGCCACCUGCAGGACAGCCAAAGCAAGAAGCAUCAAGUAAACCAUCUGGUGGAUUGUUUGGAUUUUCAUUUGGAGAAAUGCUUGCAGGAUCAGCAGCACCGACCCAGUCCGAACCCACACCUCAAACAUCUGCAUCAGCCACAGCUCCUCAAGAAGAAUCACUUGGUAAAAGUAUACUUUCAAUGUUUUCUGGGCCAAGUCCUCAGCAGGCUGUACCUAAAACAGGACCCUUACCUCAAACAAAUCCCCCAAAUGCGGCUCCUCAACCCCCUCAGCAAGAAACACUUGGUAAAAGUUUAUUGUCAAUGUUUGGAGGAUCAAGUCCUGCUCCACCUCCAAGUCAAACUAAGCCCACCGCUGAGGCUCCUCAACAGAGAACAAUUCCUCCAAAAGACCCUCCAGCUACAGGAAUCCUUUCAAUGUUUGGUGGUCCUAGCACCCAACAGUUUCAAGCCCAAACAGGAUCUUUUCUUGGGGGAAUUCUGCCUGGACAAUCAAAUUCAUCUGAAAGCCCCAUGAAGGGACUGUUUUCAGUAUUUACUGAUCCUAGUCCUCCACAGCCUCAGCCACCAACAAUGCAAUCCCAACAAAGAGGUGCUCAGUCACAGACUCCACUACAAAGGGGACCUCAAACACCAUCUAAGCCACCAGAACAGCAUCAGCCACAAGAACCAACAGCUGCUUCUGUUCUUGGGGGUCUUUUUGGUAGCUUGUCUGCUACUAACGAAAGUCCAAGAAAAUCUUUGUUUUCCAUGUUCGGUGGCCCCAGUGCUCCUCAAACACCAAGUGCAGGUGGAAAUACAAAUAUGUCUUCUACACCUGGGACUGCAGCACCUAAUGCACCUGGCAGCAGUAUACGUUCCAUUUCAACUGAUGUGCCAUCGCCACAACAAACUCCCAGUCCAUCUUCUGCUGUUGUUAGUGCUUCAAAAGAGCCACAGACCACUCAUUUGCAAGAAAGUUCCUCUGAAAUGUCGUCUGUUUCCAGUAGUCGUGUUCCAGAGGCAGCAACUACCAAUGAAAAAUCAAGUGAACCCUCAGAGAACAAAACUAAUAGUAACGCCGGUAAAGUACAAACUAGCCUAUCCACUGAUACUAUGGUAGAGACUACAACUACUUCACAAGAGGCUUGCACAAUUGAAGGCACUGAUAUGGCAUCCAAGGUACCAAAUUCAGAAAGCACCGUUAUGAAUAAGGAAGCAAGCACAGAAAGUGCACCCCAGGAUUCUGCUCCUCUUAAAGAGCCACCAGCUUCCGGUUUGUUAUCUAUGAUCACUGGAUCAGGAGCUCCAUCUGCAGCUGGAUUACUUUCAGACAGUCCAGGUAAAAGUUUGCUUUCUUUGUUUUCUGCACCCAGCACAGAGCCUACUACUAACCAGACAGGUCCUUCACCUACAGGGUCUGUACCUGAACCUUCAGCCCCCAAGGAACCUCCAGGGAAAAGUUUGUUUUCUGUGUUUGGAGGUUCUGUCCCUCAGCCCACUUCACAACCUGGAAGUUCACUUUUAGGGUCAGUGUUUGGAGGGUCUUCACCUCAAACACCAGCUUCUCAAACAGGAGGAUCAUUACUUGGUGGUUUAUUUGGAGGGUCUGCUCCUCAGACUGCUCCUCAAGUUGGCCCCACUAAGCCUGGAGGAUCUGCUCCUCAAACCUCAGGACCUCAGGCAGGACCAUCGCUGCUCGGAGGCUUAUUUAGUGGAGCUGCUCCCCAGGCAGCUGGAUCUCAGACUGCAGGGUCUAUUUUGGGUGGACUUUUCGGAGGAUCAGCAGCCUCAUCUACAGUGCCUCAGAGUAGUGGGUCCUUUGGUGGAUUGUUUGGUGGAACUGCCCCUCAAACUUCCACAAACCAAAAUAAUAGCUCUAUAUUAGGAGGAAUUUUGGGGGGAUCAUCUUCUCAAACAGCUACUGCGCAGACUGGUUCAUCUCUUCUCGGUGGCAUUUUACCUGGAGCUUCUUCUACAAAUGAGAUGCCUGGUAAAAGUUUGUUUUCAAUGCUUGGAGGAUCUGCUUCAGCUGCAACAUCAACAUCUAAUGAUGACAAGAAAACAACAGUCACAACUCUUACCGACACCACAUCAGGUGUAACUGUUCUACCAAAACCCACUGAUGACUCUAAACCUGCUCCAGCUGUUGCUCAAAUGGAGGUAAAUGAUGCUGCUUCCAAAAGCAAAGAGGUGGUGGAAACACCAAAGCAACCUGAUGGUUCAGUUCGGUGUCCUGAGACAAGCUUGUCCAAAACUGACAGCAGUGUUCCUGAAGAGGUUUGUCAUCAGGAUAAUGACAAAUCAACUGCUUUAACCGAUAAUAUCCAGUGUAAACAAUCAGAAAUAUCUGCAUCAGCACAACAACCUGCAAAACCAGAGCUGAGUGGUCAGCUGAGCCAAGAAACAACCACCACCACCACAACACAACCACCUAAAGUAGAGGAGGAAGCUCCACCCACUCCGUCUGUAAGUCCUGCAGUCCAAGCAGAGCAGAAACCUCCAGAGACAAACAAAUCUGCGAGUGAUGCAGCAGCAGAUGCAGUUACAGGUUUUGUGUCUUCACUUUUCAAACCAUCAACUGCUCCCACUGAAGGUUCUCAGCAGAAGAACUCACUGUUUGGACUUGGUGGACCAGCACCCCAAGCUGCUCCCAGUCAGCCUGGAGCAUCACUACUGGGUGAUAUUUUUGGAGGGUCCAGUGCACAGACAGCAUCUCCUCAGGCAGCAGGAUCAUUACUAGGAGGUUUAUUUAAAGGGCCUGCUCCUCAGUCUGGUCCUCAAACCUCGACCCCCACACCUGGAGGGUCAAUAUUAGGUGGGAUGUUUGGAGGAGGAUCCGCUUCCAAGCCUGCAGGUCCUCAGGGUGCUGGAUCUUUACUGGGUGGGGUGUUUGGAGGAGCUGGGGCCACACCACAACCUGGUGGUUCUCUGCUUGAAGGAAUGUUUGGAGGAGCCACUGCAGGAUCACAGGCUGGAUCAUCAUUGCUUGGGGGCAUCGGCGGGUCUUUAUUUAGGAGUAUGGGACAACCACCUAAGCCAUCUGAUUCAGUGCCAGCUCAGCCCAGACCAGCACCAGGUACUCCACAGUCACAGAUUAAGAAUGAGAAACUGUCACAGAAAGUACCUCCAUCAGGCUGUGCGACAAAUAAAACCAACCAACCAGCUUCACGAGACAACCAACAAGGGAAAUCUGGUAGCCAAACAAGUAGCUCUGCCACGACAUCUGAGGGAGCUUCUUCAAAACCUGCUGCUGACACCGAAAAGGAGAAGUCAGGUGUUGGAGAGAUGAUACAUGAAAAGCCCAUGGUCAUUAAAGGAGACUCUGAGAGUAAAGAAAAUGACAAAUCAGUCCUACCUGAUACCAAAGCAUUCCCAGCUGAUCCUGUUUUCAACAAUGCUGAGCAUCAAGAAGGGAAACAGUCAGAGCCAUCCAAGCUAGUUAUAACAGCUCAACCCCAAACUAACAAGUCAACAAGUGAUCAAACACAUACUUUUCAAAACCUUGCAACAUCUGAAGCUCAAAAAACUGAAGCGGUAGGUUCCACAGAUGAUGUAGCAAACCCCCAGAUUUGCAUCUCCACUCCUGAAGUAGAUCCUUCAGCAUCCCUGACCCCAAAGGACCAGGAGAGGCUUGUAGAAACACACCCCUCUGCAGGUCCUACCUCUGGAGUGCAGCUGGACAACCAGUCCAAGAAGGAUCUAUUGAAUGCAAAAAGUCCAGUGGACAGUAGUCACUUCGGCUCAUCAGGAAACCUGAGCCAGACCAGCUCCCAGGUUAGUGAGAUCGGCCACGAGAGCACCGGAGGCUCAGAGCUGGAGGAAUCCUUCCACUCCUACCAUAGUACCAGCUGCCACCCCUCCACCACCACCCAGCCUCGCUCCAGUAGACACCUUCCCACCAACGGAUACUCCACUGUUACAGAGCAGGAGAGGCUCAGACCGCCAUCUGAAGCAGGAAAGGGCUUGAAAAGUGACGUUCCAGCAGUGAGAGGAUCUUCCAAACCCCCAAGGUUCCAUUAUGACGGGCCACCAUUACCCUUUAACCCAGCCAGAGUUCGCUGGUUGAAGGCCAUCAAUAAAGUCAGAGUUCAGCUCCGGGAGGUCCGAGAUGAGGAACCUGGUGCUCGACAGGCCUGGGCUGAACCAGGCGGCACAUCUGGACUGUAUGGGAUUGACAGCAUGCCCGACCUGCGUAAAAAGAAGCCCAUCCCAUUGGUCAGCGAUGUGUCCCUUGUCCAAGCCAGGAAGGCAGGAAUCGCAUCUGCAAUGGCAGCACGAUCCUCCAUCAAGGACGAGGAGCUGAAGAACCACGUGUACAAGAAGACCCUGCAGGCUCUCAUCUACCCCAUAUCUUGCACUACACCCCAUAACUUUGAGGUGUGGACGGCCACGACACCUACGUACUGCUAUGAGUGUGAGGGACUGCUGUGGGGAAUUGCUCGCCAAGGCAUGCGUUGCUCUGAAUGUGGGGUAAAGUGCCACGAAAAGUGCCAAGAGCUGCUGAAUGCCGACUGUCUACAGCGUGCUGCGGAGAAAAGCUCUAAGCAUGGAGCUGAAGACAGAACUCAAAAUAUCAUCAUGGCUAUGAAGGAUAGGAUGAAGAUCAGGGAAAGAAACAAACCGGAAAUCUUUGAGCUCAUCAGGGAAGUGUUUGUCAUCAGUAAAACUGUUCAUGCCCAGCACCUCAAGAUCACCAAACAGAGUGUGUUGGACGGGACCUCCGGGUGGUCGGCCAAGAUCACCAUCACAGUUGUUUGUGCUCAAGGGCUUCAGGCCAAAGACAAGACAGGAUCCAGUGAUCCGUAUGUCACUGUCCAGGUGGGAAGAACCAAGAAGAGAACCAAGACCAUUUAUGGAAACCUCAAUCCAGUCUGGGAGGAGAAGUUCCACUUUGAGUGCCACAAUACCUCAGAUCGAAUCAAAGUUCGCGUUUGGGACGAAGACGACGACAUCAAGUCCAGGGUGAAGCAGCGUCUGAAGAGGGAGUCGGAUGAUUUCCUCGGCCAGAGCAUCAUUGAAGUUCGAACACUGAGUGGAGAAAUGGAUGUCUGGUACAAUCUGGAGAAGAGGACGGAUAAAUCGGCUGUAUCGGGGGCCAUUCGUCUUCACAUCAACGUGGAGAUUAAAGGAGAGGAGAAAGUGGCUCCAUAUCACAUCCAGUACACCUGUUUACAUGAGAACCUGUUCCACCACACUACAGACGUUCUCGGUCAGGGGGCGGUGAAGAUCCCAGAGGCUCGCGGAGACGAUUCAUGGAAAGUCUACUUUGAUGAUGUUCCACAGGAAAUAGUGGACGAGUUCGCCAUGCGCUAUGGGAUCGAGUCCAUCUACCAGGCCAUGACACACUUUGCCUGUCUGUCCUCCAAGUACAUGUGUCCUGGAGUUCCUGCUGUGAUGAGCAGCCUGCUGGCCAACAUCAAUGCCUUCUACGCCCGAACAACCGCCUCCAACAACGUGUCUGCCUCCGACCGCUUCGCCGCUUCAAACUUUGGGAAAGAACGCUUUGUCAAGCUGUUAGACCAGUUACACAACUCCCUACGCAUUGACCUUUCAACUUAUAGGAACCACUUCCCCGCCAGCAACAAGGAUCGUCUGCAAGAUCUGAAAUCCACUGUGGACCUUCUAACCAGCAUCACCUUCUUCAGGAUGAAGGUCCAGGAGAUCCCGUCUCCACCCAGAGCCAGCCAGGUUGUGAAGGACUGUGUCAAAGCCUGCCUGAACUCUACAUAUGACUACAUCUUCAACAACUGCUAUGAGCUGUACAGCAGACAGUACCACCCUCUGGAGAUGAACAAGGACGAACUCCCGUUGGAGGAACAGGGUCCAAGCAUCAAGAACUUGGACUUCUGGCCCAAACUCAUCAUGCUCAUCGUCUCCAUCAUUGAAGAAGACGGGAACUCCUACGGACCUGUGCUCAACCAAUUCCCUCAAGAACUGAAUGUUGGGAAAGUGUCAGCAGAGGUCAUGUGGACACUAUUUGCUCAGGACAUGAAGUACGCUAUGGACGAGCACGAGAAGCACCAGUUGUGUAAAAGCACAGACUACAUGAAUCUGCACUUCAAGGUCAAGUGGCUCUACAAUGAAUAUGUGAAGGAGCUGCCAGCAUUUGAGUCUGCAGUUCCCGACUACCCAGCAUGGUUUGUACAGUUCGUGCUUCAGUGGUUGGAUGAAAAUGAAGAUGUGUCGAUGGAGUUCAUGCAUGGAGCUCUGGAGAGAGACAAGAAAGACGGAUUCCAGCAGACCUCUGAACAUGCUCUGUUCUCCUGCUCUGUGGUGGACAUCUUCACUCAGCUCAACCAGAGCUUUGAGAUCAUCAAGAAACUGGAAUGUCCUGAUCCUGACGUCACGGCUCAGUACACCCGCCGCUUCUCCAAGACAAUAACCAAAGUUCUCCUGCAGUACAGCGCUAUCCUCACCAAGAGUUUUCCUUCUUAUAUCGACAAGGAGAAGAUUCCCUGUGUUCUCAUGAAUAACGUACAGCAGUUAAGAAUCCAGCUGGAGAAGAUGUUUGAAUGGAUGGGAGCUAAACAGAUUGCAACUGAGGAGGCUCGGCUAAAUGAGCUGGUGGAAGAGGAGGAGGAGGAGGAGGAGGCAGGAGAGGAGCAGGUUGUAGCUGAGGAUGAGGAGGAGAAGAAGGCUCUGACUGACACAGAAAAGAUGGAUGCACCAGUAGAAAAGACUGAACAUGGAGACAUAAAGUCGGAGGCUGCUGGGAAGAAGAUGGACUCAGAGGCCAGUGGGCUGCUGAAUGAGCUGCAGGUGAAGCUGAACAACGCUCUGGAUGAUCUCACCAGGACUUUUGGGAACAGUUUCCAGAGCCGUAUCCACGACUGCAUGCAACAGAUGGCGUCUCUGCUGUACCAGGUCAAAGGACCGCUCAACGCCAACACCAAGGCUCAGGUGGACGGAGACUCCGACAACGUGCUGCGACCGCUCAUGGACUUCCUGGAUGGAAAGCUGACUCUGUUUGCUACUGUAUGUGAGAAGACCGUGUUGAAGCGUGUUCUCAAGGAGCUGUGGAGGAUCGUAAUGACCAACCUGGAGAAGACCAUCGUGCUUCCACAGAGCAACGACACCUUCGGAGCCCAGUUAUUCUCAGCUGCUAAAGAACUGGGUCAGCUCUCCAAACUGAAGGACCACAUGGCCGGGGAGGCCAGAAGUCUGUCUCCCAGGCAAUGUGCCGUCAUGGACGUGGCUCUGGACACCAUCAAGCAAUACUUCCAUGCAGGAGGAAACGGCUUGAAGAAGACCUUCCUGGAUAAGAGUCCUGAGUUGUCUUCCCUCCGUCACGCCCUGUCGCUCUACACUCAGACCACCGACACUCUCAUCAAGACCUUUGUGAUGUCUCAACACGCUCAAGUGCACAAUGGGAGGGGUAUUAGAUUUACCCCCAGUGAGAAAACACAGCCCAGCAGGGGUCCAGGAGUGGAGAACCCCAUCGGGGAGGUCUCGGUCCACAUUGAGCUGCACACUCAUCCCUCCAGCGGAGAACGGAGAGCUACUGUCAGAGUGGUCGUGGCCCGGGAUCUGAAGUGGCAGACAUCUGGCAUGUUCCGGCCCUUCGUGGAGAUCACCAUGAUCGGACCGCACCUCGCCGACAGGAAGCGGAAGUUCCAGACCAAAUCCAAGAACAACAGCUGGUCGCCCAAAUUCAAUGAGUCCUUCCAGUUGUGAGUUCUGAAGAGGAAACAGCUGCAGGAAGCUUCUCUGGGUGUUUUUGUUGUUUUUUGUUGUUUUAUUUUCCAGUAGUGACCUCGCUGGCUUUAGAAGACUGCAUCCUUUCUGUUUCCAGUUUCUGUUCCAUUCUAAUUAUUUUAUCUAACAGUGCUGUCUGUUGGGUCUUUAUUUAUCACCGGAUAGAAUCAUUUACUGCAUUUAUUGCUGCAUUAGGGAAUUAUUUAUCACUGGAUAGAAACAUUUACUGCAUCUAUCGCUGCAUUAUUUAUCACUGGAUAGAAUCAUUUACUGCAUCUAUCUCUGCAUUAUUUAUCACUGGAUAGAAUCAUUUACUGCAUCUAUCUCUGCAUUAUUUAUCACUGGAUAGAAUCAUUUACUGCAUCUAUCUCUGCAUUAUUUAUCACUGGAUAGAAUCAUUUACUGCAUCUAUCGCUGCAUUAUUUAUCACUGGAUAGAAUCAUUUACUGCAUUUAUUGCUGCAUUAUUUAUCACUGGAUAGAAUCAUUUACUGCAUUUAUUGCUGCAUUAGGGAAUUAUUUAUCACUGGAUAGAAACAUUUACUGCAUCUAUCGCUGCAUUAUUUAUCACUGGAUAGAAUCAUUUACUGCAUCUAUCUCUGCAUUAUUUAUCACUGGAUAGAAUCAUUUACUGCAUCUAUCUCUGCAUUAUUUGUCACUGGAUAGAAUCAUUUACUGCAUCUAUCUCUGCAUUAUUUAUCACUGGAUAGAAUCAUUUACUGCAUCUAUCGCUGCAUUAUUUAUCACCGGAUAGAAUCAUUUACUGCAUUUAUUGCUGCAUUAGGGAAUUAUUUAUCACUGGAUAGAAACAUUUACUGCAUCUAUCGCUGCAUUAUUUAUCACUGGAUAGAAUCAUUUACUGCAUCUAUCUCUGCAUUAUUUAUCACUGGAUAGAAUCAUUUACUGCAUCUAUCUCUGCAAUUUUUAUCACUGGAUAGAAUCAUUUACUGCAUCUAUCGCUGCAUUAUUUAUCACUGGAUAGAAUCAUUUACUGCAUUUAUUGCUGCAUUAGGGAAUUAUUUAUCACUGGAUAGAAACAUUUACUGCAUCUAUCGCUGCAUUAUUUAUCACUGGAUAGAAUAAUUUACUGCAUCUAUCUCUGCAUUAUUUAUCACUGGAUAGAAUCAUUUACUGCAUCUAUCGCUGCAUUAUUUACCACUGGAUAGAAUCAUUUACUGCAUCUAUCGCUGCAUUAUCACUGGAUAGAAUCAUUUACUGCAUCUAUCUCUGCAUUAUUUAUCACUGGAUAGAAUCAUUUACUGCAUCUAUCUCUGCAUUAUUUAUCACUGGAUAGAAUCAUUUACUGCAUCUAUCGCUGCAUUAUUUAUCACUGGAUAGAAUCAUUUACUGCAUUUAUUGCUGCAUUAUUUAUCACUGGAUAGAAUCAUUUACUGCAUUUAUUGCUGCAUUAGGGAAUUAUUUAUCACUGGAUAGAAACAUUUACUGCAUCUAUCGCUGCAUUAUUUAUCACUGGAUAGAAUCAUUUACUGCAUCUAUCUCUGCAUUAUUUAUCACUGGAUAGAAUCAUUUACUGCAUCUAUCUCUGCAUUAUUUAUCACUGGAUAGAAUCAUUUACUGCAUCUAUCUCUGCAUUAUUUAUCACUGGAUAGAAUCAUUUACUGCAUUUAUUGCUGCAUUAGGGAAUUAUUUAUCACUGGAUGGAAAGAUUUACUGCAUCUAUCGCUGCAUUAUUUAUCACUGGAUAGAAUCAUUUACUGCAUCUAUCUCUGCAUUAUUUAUCACUGGAUAGAAUCAUUUACUGCGUCUAUCGCUGC